AUGCCUGCAGACCGGCUCCUGAACACGGUUCUUCAACGGUACCAACAUGUCCACGGCCCCGUCGAAACGGACCAGAUCAUCGGCACCACUGCUCAUUUGCUGUCUCGGCUCUCCAACCCGCUCAACCUCGGCGUCCUGACCUCGCAGCUGCUGACGGCGCCCGCCAUCUGGCAUCGACAGGACGGUCCGCGGCUUUCCCUGCGCAUCGUUGGCAUCUACAGGACUGCGGCUUCGCGCGUGCGCGACAACGACACCGACGACGCCAAGCACAAGGAGCCGGGACACGAGGGCGGGCUACGAUGCGACGAGUGGGCGCGCGCCGUCAUCAAGGGCGCCGAUGACCGGUCGCGGCGAUGGCAACACCUCCUCGUCCUGACAGGCGUGCUUGUCGGCAUGGAAGGCGACGGCAGGCGAUCCCUUUCCUGGAGUCUGAGGAGCGCCCUCGAGCAAGCCAUCGUCACCGCCACAAAUCCUGCGCUCGAGCACACGGCUCAAGAUGGGCUGCUUGCGUCUGCGUCGCUAGUUACGGCCCUCAACUUCGCCUUUCCCCUACUCUCAGACGGGAACCGGUCCCGCAUCAACUGCAGCGCAUUGCUUCCCAUAGCUGUCUGGGCCUUUACCGGGGAUCAAGGCUUCUGCGACGGACAGUUUCUCAAGGCCAUCGGCAACGACACCACGGAGAAUGCCUCGCACCUUCUCAGCUAUCCUGCAAACUCUCCGGCAUACCGCAUGCUCCAGGAGUUGGAGAAGCAGCCCUUGAUGGCAAACAUUGGCCCCCUCUCCAAGCUCGCCGGCUUCGCAGUGCAGCAUGCGAGGGACUCGGCCGCCGUGCUGCAGGCGCAGGACGCCCUCUUGGUCUUUACUGGCAGAGUCCUCAGUGCAUGGCAGAGAAUCGCCCUCAGCGGCGUCGACCCCGAUUUUGAGGGCACGCGCAUGGAUCUCGAGACGCUGCAAACGACCUGGCCCCACCUCUGGCAGGUUCUGAGAAAGCUCAUGUUUGGCUCUGUUGCCGUGCUUCAGGCCAUUGUAUCUCGCAGCUUGCUAGAUCCAAACAUGCUGGCCAACGGCAUGGCUCCGGGCAUUGCCGCCAAGUCGCUACACGUUCUUCGAAACCUCUUCUUCAUCUCGUCCCGCAACGGGAAUAACGCUUUCCAAGUCUACACCUUUUCCUAUCUGACGUCGCUCGAUGUCCUCUCACGAGACCCAGCGACAUGCCAAGUCUUUUUGCGAGAAACUCGAGCCGCCGAUGUAAUUCCUUUCCCUGCGUCCUUUCUUCAGAGGACCUUGGAUCUAUUCCAUCUCAACGUGGCGGAGCAUCUCCCUCUCGCUCUGUCGGCGAGUUCCUGCCAGAACCUGAUUAUCGAGCCGGCAGUAGCAUAUCUUUCGCACAAUGGGUCACUGUCGCCUUCUGGGGUCGAGCUCUUCGAAUCAGCCCAUAGUGCCAUCCUGUCGGUUCUAUCCUGUCCUCAGCACAGCCCCCUCACCAUCGACAUUACUCCGUUCUACAUAGUCAAGCUCUUCGAGUCCUUUCCCCAUCACAUCUCACCGCGGCAGUUCCGUGUUGCUUUCAAGACCGUCAUGGAAAUCGUAUCGCCCCCUUUCCCGAUUGCAGCCAUGAGACCUGAAUUAUCCGAGACGCUGCUCGAGAUGCUCCGCUGCAAUAUACCUACCGCUUCCACCGCACUCCUGGGCCAAAACAAUAGCUCGUCUUCUCAGCAAGAAGACGUCCCGCUCUCGGAACAGAGCGCUCUGGUGAUGGCGCUGGUCGAUUCAUUGCCGUUCCUGCCCCUGGUGCUGGUCGAAGAUUGGCUCGGAAUCACGGCCCAGAUGAUGAAGGAGAUUGCGGAUCCCAGUCUAAGGGGGCCUGUCAUGAAACGGUUUCUCGAUGUUCUCGUCAACGGCGAAAUGGACGUCGAGAGGUCUACGAUUGGAGUCGCAUGGUGGGGAACAAAAGGUGGAAGAGAGGCAGUCCUGCUUGGCAGCACCCGCGAACCAACCAUGAUGAGCGGCGCGAUUGGCGGUGCAAACGAAAAGUCAAGUCGGCUCUGA